AUGAGCAGCAAUGUCCCCCAGACGGAGGCGGUGGCGCUGUGCUACGAGAACGUGAUCGGCGCGUGCGUGGAAGCGCCCUACUCGCCGGGGCCGCGCGCCGUCCUGUCCGCGGUCCUGGGCUUCGGGGCGGCGCUGGCCGCGUGCGGGAGCCUGCCGGUGGUCGUGGCCAUCCUGCGCUUCCAGCAGCUGCACGCGCCCACCAACCUCCUGCUCGCCUCCCUGGCCGGCGCCGACUGCCUGGUGGGAGUGACUGUGAUGCCCUUCAGCGCCCUGAGGACCGUGGAGAGCUGCUGGGACUUUGGGGAGAGUUACUGCAAGUUCCACACGUGUUUCGACACUUCCUUUUGCUUCGCUUCUUUAUUUCACUUAUGCUGCAUCUCUGUCGACAGGUAUAUUGCUGUCACUGAUCCUCUCAGCUAUCCAACUAAGUUCACUCUGUCGGUUUCCGGGCUAUGCAGUCUUCUCUCUUGGUUCUUUUCCGUAACCUACAGUUUUUCCAUCUUUUACACCGGGAACAAUGAAGAGGGAAUCGAGGAACUGGUAGUUGCUCUCACGUGUGUAGGAGGCUGUCAGGCGCCAUUGAAUCAAAAGUGGGUCCUGCUUUGUUUCCUUUUGUUCUUCGUACCCACUGUUGCCAUGGUUUUUAUAUAUGGUAAGAUAUUUUUGGCGGCUAAACACCAGGCUUGGAAGAUAGAGAGUACAGCCAGCCGAGCCCAGUCCUCCUCUGAGAGUUACGGGGAGAGGGUAGCAAAAAGGGAGAGGAAGGCUCCGGAAACGUUGGGGAUCGCGGUGGAGGCGUUUCUUGUGUCUUGGUUACCCUACAUUAUCGAUGCGGUGAUUGACGCUUACAUGAAUUUCAUAACGCCUCCUUAUGUUUAUGAGAUUCUAGUGUGGUGUGUUUACUGUAACUCAGCUGUGAACCCCUUGAUAUAUGCUUUCUUUUACCCAUGGUUUCGGAAGGCAGUAAAACUUAUUGUAAGUGGCAAAGUCUUAAGGAGUGGAUCCUCAACAAUUAAUUUAUUUUCUGAGGAAGCAGAUAUAGAUUGA